AUGGAUCUGGCGAAAAUCACCGACGGCUUCGUCAAGCACGAGACCUCGUCGUCGUCCUCUUCUUGCUCCACCACCAACACAGGGCCCACCCCAGACUUGUCUCCAGUGACGCCCUCCAAGGAAUGUGAGAAGCGGCCACGAGAGGACGACCCUGAAGAGUCGCACGACACGAGCGCCGGCGCCAACAGCAACAACAACGCUAGCGUGUCUCUCAUGUCCACCCCAGAGCCCAAGUCGUCGUCUCCCCCCGGACUGUCGCAUUUCGCACACCUGAUGCAAAAGUCGGACACCAUGUACCGACAGAACCUCAACUCGGACCAGUACAUCUACUCGGACGAGGAGAAGGAGAACCACAAGACUUCGGGCAAGCCCCACACCCCCCAGGUGCCUCAUACGCCCUCCAGUGUGCCGACACAACAACCCCAAUAUGCAUUUAUUUCACAUUCCAUCACCUCGUACCCGUCGAACGAGCCUCAGAUUGACAACGCACGGCUGGCGCGCCGAAAACGACGCCGAACGUCUCCCACGGAACUCGCGCUGCUGGAGCAGGAGUUUGCCCGCAACCAGAAGCCUCCCAAGCACAUUCGCGUCGACAUUGCCCGCCGAGUCGACAUGACUGAAAAGGCUGUGCAGGUGUGGUUCCAGAACAAGCGGCAGAGCGUGCGAAAGAGCAUGAACAAGAGCAUGACCGAUGACACCUCUUUCGCCGACUCUUCGUUCGCUGAAACUACCUUUGACGAGACAGACGGUAACUCCACAUUCCUGUCCAAUUCCAACGUCAGCACCAGCGUAAGCAACAAGUCAAUCACUUCUUCCAUCACAGACAACAAGUCGCCCCUGGCACAGUCAACCACCGCCGACUCUGUUGCCAACGCCAACGCCAACGCCAACGCCAACGCCAACAACAACACCGCAUCCACUUCCUCCACAAACGACUCCGAAAUUGCAUCCGUCGCCCCCAAAACAAACGGCAGCUCAUUCUCUGUUUUCGAAGAUACCCCCGAGACUCCCGCGAAAAAGAAACCCAGUGCUCCGCGACUGUCCAUGCGUGGUGGGAAGGCUACUGUUAUCUACGCCGGCAAGCCCAAGGGUGUCACGCUGUCCUCGGGAAGACGUCUUGGGGUCCCUGCCACACCCUCCUCUCCCGCCAACAACAAUCUUGGCCUGGGAGGCUCGCCUCUGGCCACAUCGUCUCCUAUGACCCAGCGGACCGCGUCGCAACUGAACCAGGCAUCUGCAUCUUCUCCCCUAUCGGCUGUUAAGUCCAAGUCUUUUGGAACUGCCGAGGAAAGCCUGGCUGCGACGCUCAAGAAGCGGCUUCCGUCCAUGCACUACGACCUGCCCGUGACCAACAAGACGUCGUCUGUGCGCCAUGGCGUGAGCUCUCCCGUGGUCGACGCCGGCAGCCGUGAGGCCGAGUGUAUUUCCAAUCUCCUCUCUCUUCGAAACGGAGGACGAUGGUAA